GAUGAAUUGAAUGAAUCGUACAAUUCUGGUUCCAAGAGAGGCACAACUCUAGUUCGGAUAUGUUCCAUUACAUCUACAUCGGUUUUUUUUGAGGAUCCGUUGCAGGAAUCGUAUAGAUUCAAGAUAAUUUUCACAUCCGGAAAUGGUUAUGAUUCUUGAUGUGCCAUGUGGAUUGUAGGAGCACUUGAGAAUUUAAUUCAUUAAAAACCUUUGCCAACACUCAGGAUUUAUAAUACAAGCUUUUAUUUUGCUUUUAAGCCCUGUUUGUGUUAUUAAGGCAUGUUGUUAAGCUCGGCAUGUUAUUGACGACUGUGACACGAGAUCUGCAUCAGAAGGACGAAAAUUUUUUCCUCACUAGGAACAAACCACUCGCAUCUAUGAUAGUUUGGGUGCAUUGUUCACGUACAAAAUACAAAACCCCUCCCCCCUCCACCCACCGUAUUUCCCCUCACUUACCCAUGUAUAAACCGUGCAUCGUAGAAACGCAAUAGCAACGCACCACUGCCAGCUGUCAGUUGUGUACCGUGUGCGCACGGCAAACGUCAAACGGCCGUACGGGCGAGCGAGCGAGACGACAACCCCGGGCAGCGCAUAGUUGCGUUACAUCAAAACAAAAACGCAGCAACAAGAGAACAAGCGCUCGGAACAUGCAAUUGCACAAUUACAAUUCGCAUCGCAAUCGACACAACACAAGCAACGCGUACGGUGAAUCCCUGCCCACCCACACGAUGUGCAACUAAGCGCGUGGUUCGGCUCGAGGCAUCACCGAGGCUGCACCGUUUGGCAUGAGUCAGCUACAGCACUAGCACCUAACACUCUUGCCCCGAUGACAGAACUCGGGCAAGGGAUAGAGUGAAGCUGCGUUUUGUGUGUGUUUUCCCCGUUCAAGAGCAAAAGGAAAAGACGUCCAGUUUUGUUGCGGUACCCCGGUAAAUACGGACAACCAUCUCUCCUGCCCACUCUGGUGAAGCGUAUCGAGCGGAGGGAGCUGCAACCAUGUCGAACCUUUACCUACUUCCAAUCUCCGUGUUUUUGCUGUUCAAUUUCACCUUCAUCGGCACGUACAUUGCCGCAGUACUGCAAGGGCAUGUGGUGCCGACGGUACCGUACAUCAGCGAUGCGGCCACCUACUCACCCGAAAGCUGCGUGUUUGGGCAGUUCAUCAACAUCGGCUGUGUGCUGCUUGGCAUCACAAUCUACGUGCGCUACCGGCAGAUACAGGAGCUGUCGUUCCGGCACAGUGACGUCCGGCAGGCGCUGGGCCGGUGCAGCGGCAUCGGCUUCUGGAUCGGUAUCGGCAGCUGUCUCGGCAUCAGCAUCGUCGGCAACUUCCAGGAGACGAACGUGCGGAUCGUCCACUACGUCGGCGCGUUCCUGAGCUUCGGGCUCGGCACGGUGUACUUCUGGAUACAGUCGUACAUCUCGUACUACAUCCAGCCGUACAUGGGCACGAUGCAGAAGGCGAACCUGCGCAUGGCCCUGUCGGUGGUGUGCACCGUGUUUUUCAUGAUCGUCGCGGUGACGGGCGUCAUCUCGCACAUCCUGUUCCGCGGGACGGACCCCCGCAAGUGGUACCCGUCGGACGGGGGCUGGGAGUAUCACGUGGCCAGCUCGAUCUCGGAGUGGAUCGUCGCGACCGCCUUCUGCUUCUACGUGCUCACGUUCACGGACGAGUUCCGCACGAUGCAGCUGGAUCAUCCGCCGCUUAUUCUGCUGGAAAUUGACUCGUCGCGAACGUACGAACCGGUCAUCAACGAAGCGCCCGUAGCCGUUAUCUCGUGAUUUGAAUCGCGGCACGAUGGCAACGAGCGCACCAGCCUGCGAGCAUCAACGCACAGCCUUAGCCGAACGGGCGCACCCGCUGACGACGAUGGGGGCGGGGGUGAGGACGGGGAUGGUGCUAGUAGCAACCAAAAACAUCGUCCGGUGCGAUCCUUCAGCGAUACUGAUCUCAAACUGCUUUGCCGGCGCUGCUCCGAGCCGGUUCGGUUCGCCGGCGGCCGAAAGCACUCCCCGGUGGCAAGGGGCACGCCCCGGUCCCAGCGCGCACCGUCGGCCGGGUGCAGUGUUGCGAACCAUCCGCCCGUCGCGGCGGGCAAGCUUGGCUCGCUGACACUAUCGCUGAUGCUCGUCGCCCUGAUGGAAGCACUGCACUCCCUUACCCUUUACUUUAGUGACAGCCUGCGGCAGAGCUACAUUUGAUCGUACGUCGUGUUCCGGUUUUCCACUUCCCCCUGCGACCGAUAGUGGUCACCCUGCACCCUAGCAAUCCCAUUUAGCGAUAUUAUAGGAAGGAAGUUAGUGUUGUUACAUGCACACUUUUAUUUAAUAUUUACAAGAAGAAGGCCACCAUGUUGGGGAUUUAGUGUGGCGAGGAGUAAUAUUAGGUUUGAACAAAAAGGCAAUUUGGUUGUUUUAUUUCUCUUAGUCUCUUAGCACCACCUCCCUUAUCCCACUUAGCUCUCGAAUGCUCAGCAGUUAGGAUCGAGCAUCUUUAAGCGAGUGAAGCAUGCAAUUAUUUGUUGAAAAUGAAGUCUGGUACAGAAGCGUUGGAGCAAGAUCGGUAGGGUAAGGAAGAAAUAACAAUGAGCUGUGUUAUAGCAGAAUGGAGAACAAAUACCAAUGCUCGUAAUAAUUCGCUAGUGAUGAAAUAAAAAAAAAAAAAACAAAACAUUAUCAACUACACAUUAAUCGAUAGUGGCUUGCUCUUCUGGCGACGCAGAUCAUAUUGAUGUUGAAAAUCGCCAUGCUGAGUUUGGGCAAUGUGGAUUCUGUUUCGCUGUUACCAACAGCGAUAAGAUGCAAACUGACGUGUCUUGUACCUGGCGGUAAACUGAACGAAUGUUGAGCGUUAAGCAUGUGUGAUGACAUCUGGCACGUCAUUGAGGGUAAGUUUUGCAUCAUUAAAACAUUCAAAAUAUCCUGCAUCGGUCCAUCGAGUCAGUUCGGACAAAGGCUGGAAAUCACAUUUUGGUGGCAUAUUUCGGGAAUUCCUUUAGCUCUGGCAUCUUGGCUACUUGGUCAGUGUUGAAUUCAAGCGGAUACAGGUGCUGAUAAUCUUGAACAGUUUGAUGACUUGCAAGUACCGAGAAGAUUCAAUGCGGUUGGGAUUUAGGUGCAAUAACUUAGAUGUGGGAGCUCGGCAUCGGAACUAUCGAUUCCGAAUCCAGAAUUGGAAUCGGCUCCAGACUCGGAAUCGGUUUCGAAAUUGGAAUCGGCUUCGGAAUUCAAAACGGGAAUCGUAGUCGGCUCUGGGAUCGGAAUCGGCUCCAGAAUCCGAGUCGGCUCCGGAAUCGGAAUAGACUCCGGUAUCGGAAUCGGCCCCGGAAUCGGAAUUGGCUUUGGAAUCAAAAUCGACUACAGAACCGGAAUCGACUCUGGUAUCGGAAUCGGCUCCGGAAUCGGAAUCGGCUUCGGAAUCGGAAUCGGCUCCGGAAUCGAUUCCAAACACGGAAUCAAAAUUGGAUAGGUUCGAUUCCGAACUCCCUCCAGUAUAAUGAAUGCUUCUACCCCUAUUUAACACGUUGAUUGGCACAUCACUAGUAUCUGGGUGAUGGGUUUUAUUUCUAUGUACUUGAAAACGAUCCAUUCUCAUGGAUAUCCCGGACCCGAUACCGAUGUCGAAGCUUAUUACGAUUCCGGAGCCGAUUCCGAUUCCGGAGCUUAUUCUGAUUCUGGGACCGACUCCGAUUCCAGAGCCGUUUUCGGACCUACUAUCCGGAAUUGAUUCCUACCAAUACUUCAUUUUCCCCAUCAGUACAAAAAAUCGAUCAGGCUUGGCAUAAUAUUCAAUGUCACGAUUUAGAAAUUCUACUAUCGUUAAAAGGGACUACCAGAACAGUUCGUUGAAGUAUCUCCUAUACCGGGAAGAUGUGGGAAGAUAUACAGAAAAUGAUGAACACGUGGUUGGAUGCUUGGGAGCGAUGGAUAAGUAAGGAUGCUUGGGAAAUUCACGAAUGCAUGGAAUUGUACAUCCAAUGAUAGACUUAAUUAAUCGGAAUGCUUCAACACCUAAAGUCACCUUCACCUGCAGGAAGAUACUCAGUAGCACCUUCUUCUAGAACGGUCAUGCGAUAAUAACACUAUCUCGGAUCGUUUCCAUUUAUCAAAUGUGAUAAUUGAUCCAUCAGAAGAAGAAAAAAAACAGGCACCAAGACACGCUACACACCAACACCGAAAACAGCGUUCUAUUUCCCAUCGCCUGAAGGUUGCCGAAAUCGCGUGAUCAGCUGAUGGUGUGAUCCCGCGCGCGCCUCCCUCGCCAAGUCAUAUGAUCAUCCUCUCGAGGUUCUUCAUCAACAACACCACAGCGCUAUUUUUUUUUUUGACAGACCUUUGUGUCAGUGUGUCUGGUCGGUAUGUUUUCAUUCACUAGCUCGGCGCAGACCCGCAGGGGAUGGUGAAGAGAUCUAUGCUGUCGUGCGGUGCGUCACCUACACAGUGAAAAUCUUUUAAGCCGGUUAGCUUACUGGGUAAGGGCCGGCAGGCAAAGUCGCGGAUUUGUGUUGUUUCGUGUGAGUGUGUGGUAUUAUUUUGUGUUGUUUUAUUUUUUGCUCGCCACUGGGCACACACAUGUUUUGUGUGUGGACCAAACAGUUCAGUCUCAGUUCGACAGUGACCGAAGACGCAGUAGGCCGUACCAUACCAUAUCAACCGUCUGGCAGAGUUCAGUGCGUUCGAGCGCGUCACAAGCAA